AUGUUUGCUGUUCGUCUUCUGGCUCACCGGCUAUAUAAGCAAGCCCUCUCCCACUUUGCCCUUGUUUCUUGUUUCUCUUGCUAUCUCAGUCAAGGAGAAGAAGCGGCUGGCCCACAGGCCACCGAAUCCAAGGCGAAGGGGUCUCCUCUCUCCCAUGAAGAGGUUGGGAACCUCCGGGCCGCGGCCCAAAAUGCCAUGAAGGCUGCUGAUGCCACUGAGCAUCACGCUGCUGCUGCGGUCGCCCCCGGUAGUGGCUUCUGCUACAUGCCAAAUUCUCAGAUGAAUAAGUGCAUUUUUCCUUCACCACUACCGGGUGGCCCUACCAAAGCUUCGGUCCAGAGCGUCCCCAUGACCUCCAAGACCUCAAUGUUAGAGCAUAGCAUAUUUCAGGAUAGAGUUACACGAUGCAACGGUCGUGAGAUCGAACGAACUCUUCUCCUUGAAGAAUCUUCCCGAAGGACUCUGGGGAUUUACCUCGAAGGAGCAUUUGCUGCCGAAGACGCGCCGACGACAGCUAUGAUACAACAGGCGGCAAAGAAAUGUCCGAGUGUCUUUGCAGAUCUUUACAAUAAUCCUCUGGUUGAUCGCAUGGAAAAGGAAAACAUUCGACCGAGUAAUAUGAGAAAAUUUGCAGAGGCAGCCUUACACCAUGAUAUUCGGAUGUGGGUAUCACGUACUUCAAACUCUGUGACAGAAAUCGAGCUUCGAACACGUUUGUGCGAUCUCCCUAUAUCGUAUCCAUUUCUACAAAAAUUACGCCAUGCGUAUGCCGAAGAAUACCAGAUCGAGAAUUUAUCCUCUCCUGGGAGCUACCCGAUUCACUGGUAUGACAAGGCAUCCUUCUACCAGAAGUAA